GUGGAUGUGGUACAAUUGGACAGAGGGGUGGCGGUGGACGUGGUAUACUUGGAUGGAGGGGUGGCGGUGGGGGUGGCGGUGGAAGUGGUAUACUUUGACAGGGGGGUGGCGGUGGACGUGGUAUACUUGGACAGAGGGGUGGCGGUGGACGUGGUAUACUUGGACAGAGGGGUGGCGGUGGACGUGGUAUACUUGGACAGAGGGGUGGCAGUGGACGUGGUACACUUGGACAGAGGGGUGGUGGUAGACGUGGUACACUUGGACAAGGGGUGGCGGUGGACGUGGUAUACUUGGAUGGAGGGGUGGUGGUGGGCAUGGUAUACUUGGACGGAGGGGGGUGGCGGUGGGCGUGGUAUACUUCAACAAAGGGGUGGCGGUGGACAUGGUACACUUCGAUAG